AUGAAGCUUGCCGUCGCCCUCGUCCUCGCCCCUCUUGUCGCGGUCUCUGCCCUCCAGCCGGUAGCCGAUAGGGCGCCGCGGGACAACAAGGUCAGCUAUGACGGCUACCAGGUCUACCGUGUGUCGACAGCCAACGCACCGGGCGACCUUUCCCGUUUGACUUCGUUCCCGUCCAUUGACCAGAAGGGCUUCAUCGAGGUGGCGAUCCCACCCAAUGAGAUUGAUGACUUUAAGUCGUUGGAUCUUGAGGCGCAGCUCUUGGACGAGGACCUCGGCAAGCUGAUCAGUGCAGAGUCUGUAGCUCAGAAGCCUGCGUCCUUGACCAAACGCGGCGAGUUGCCCUCUCUGAGCUGGUUCGACUCAUAUCAUGCCUACGACGACCACGUUCAGUACUGGAAGGACCUCCACGCCGCGUUCCCGGACAAUUCGAAGUGGCUGGACAUCGGGUCGUCGUACGAAGGUCGCAGCAUUUUUGGACUGCGCCUUUGGGGCGGCGAGGACACAGGAACCAAGCCCAUCGUCCUAUGGCAUGGUACUGUUCAUGCCAGAGAAUGGAUCACAACUUUGACCGUCGAGUACUUGACGUACCAGCUCAUCGAUGGUUACAAGUCCGGAGACCAGAAUGUUACGGCCUUCUUUGACGCAUACGAUUUCUACAUCGUGCCCUUCCACAACCCUGAUGGCUUUGUGUACAGCCAGACCACGAAUCGCCUCUGGCGUAAGAACCGCCAGCCGCGCUCCAACACAACCUGUAUCGGCACCGACGGCAACCGCAACUGGAACUUCCAGUGGGAUUACCCUCUCGAAGACGGCAGUGUCUCCGCCGACCCCUGUGGUCAAACCUUCCACGGGCGGUGCCCCGGCGACACGCCCGAAAACAUCGUCCUCUCGGCCCUCUCCCGCGAGCUGGCCGCCACGCCCGGCGGCAUCCGUCUCUUUAUUGACUGGCACAGCUACUCGCAGCUCAUCCUGCUCCCCUGGGGCUUCUCGUGUGAGCCAGAAGUACUACCCAAGAACCUGCAGGCGCAGCGCGACGUCGGCGCCGGGUAUGCGGCCACCAUCAAGGCGACGGGUGGCGAGGAGUAUGAGGUCGGUCCCUCGUGUGAGAUUCUGUAUUACUCAACCGGCUCUGCGAGAGACUUCCAUCACGGCGCACUCAAUGCGACAUACUCGUGGAGUGUUGAGUUGAGACCCAAGAGUGGGACUGGGGGCUCUGGGUUUAUUCUGCCACCGGAGUUCAUCUGGCCGACGGUGAAGGAGCAUUGGGAGGGUAUCAAGUAUGUACUUAGCGUGGUCGGCUAG